AUGGCAGGGCGUGUUGAGAACAGUGUCGAAUACUUUGAGCCUUACGUACAGUUCACCGAAUUUGUGAGCAAUGGUGAAUGGGACAAGGCAAAGGAGUGCCUUAAACUGAAAGACCUAGAUCUCCAUCGCGCCGUAAGAGCAAUAGAUCCAAGAUACGAUUAUGGACGCACAGCCAUGCACGUAGCAGCCUGGAAAGGGCACGUGAAUAUCGUGAAAGAGUUGAUGAUGUUGAUGACCCACAAAGAUUUGAAAAUGGGAGACGCUAGAGGUAAUACAGCUCUUCAUGUAGCAGCUGGUAAUGGGCAACUACAGACUGUGAAAGAGUUGGUGUUGUUGAUGGGAGAAAAAAUAUACAACGACGGUGACACAGCACUUCACGUAGCAGUCCAAUGGGAGGAGGUGGACGUUGUGAAAGGGCUGGUGUCGUUAAUGAGACAAACAGACUUGAAAAUAAAAAACAACAAUGGUGACACAGCUCUUCACCUAGCAGUCAAGAAGAGAAAUGUGGCUAUGAUGAAAUAUUUAGCGGCGUUGAUUGGAGAAGUGAGAGGCCCUGAUGGUGACACUGCUCUUCACCGAGCAGUCAAGUUGGAGGAUGCAAAAGUUGUGAAAGAGUUGGUGGUAUUGAUGAAAGAGGAAGAUUUGGCAAUAGAAAAUGAUGAAGGUUACACCGCUCUUCACUUGGCAGUAAAGAAGGGUAUUGUACCUGUUGUGAAAGAGUUCAUGACAAAAGAAUUAAAAGAGCGCGAGUUUCAUAGUGAUAUUCAGUUCACUACUUAUGUAACAAAAGGUGAGUGGGAUAAUGCAAAGGAGUAUCUUACAAAACUAGAUGAACCUUGUAACGCAAUAACGAUAGUAGAUCCAAGAGACGGAUAUGGAAACACUGCUCUACAUGUAGCAGCAGCUAGAGAAGGGCACGCACAUAUUGUGAAAGAGUUGAUAUCAUUGCUGAAAGUGAGACAAGAAAUUCAGGAAUGGCAAACUAUAGAAGAUAUCGCAGCUUUUGGUUCUGCUAUAAAUUUAGGGGUCACUGAAGAAGUUGUCAGGAAAAAGGCCAAGAACAUGGUCGAGCAGUACGAUAAAUUGCUUACCAGUAUUUUGGAGGUACAAAAUGCAUAUGGUGCCACAGCCGUUCACAUAGCAGUAGCCAACGGUAAUUUAGAUACUGUGAAAGAGUUGGUGCCAUUAAUGAGAAAAGAAGGUUUAGAGAUACAAGAUGCUUACGGAUUCACAGCUCUUCUCCGUGCAUCCAUUGGUCUGGAACUAAAAGCAGCCAAAGAUGGCUGCAACGCACUUCACCUUGCGGUCGUGAAAGGGCAUAUGAAUAUUGCGAGAGAGGUGAUGCCAUUUAUGAGAAAAGAGGCUUUGGAAGAAAAAGACGGUGCAGAUUUUACGGCUUUAGGUUGUGCGCUAGCUGUACGCAAGGAUGAAGACGUGAUGGAAAUAGCCAAGUACAUGGCUGAAAACAACGACAAAGUAUUUGGCGGCAAAGUGCCUCCUCUUAAUUGGAUUCCAGUUGUCAAGGCUGUCCAUAUGAACAGAUGGCAUUUGUGUCGCUUUCUCUAUCCCCUUACUCCGUUGGAAUAUCUGAUGCCUGUGCACGGGCAAGAUGGCGCGAGUUUGAUCCACAAUUGCUUUAGAGCCAAGGAACUUGGUAAGAGUUUUAAGGAAAAUAGUUUUCAGUUGGAAUAUCUGGUGAUGGUCCCCCCAUAA